AUGGUCUCCCCAGAAGAAAAGAUGGAACUCAUGACAGGAGAGCAGAUCCCGCACAGUGAGAGAAUACGCGAACAGCCAGGAUGCAUAUUUGAUGCCGCUGAAGGAUCUGCUUUGAUGCAUGCCUGCAGUGCCAGCGGGGCGUGGGGCAAGGGCAUUGCUCUUGAUUUCCGAAAGAAUUUUCCAAAGCAAUACCGGGAGUAUCGAGCCCACUGCAUGAACUUGGAGAAAUCCCGUCAAAUGCACGAUAUUCCAAAUCUCAACCCCAAGGGACCUAGAAAAAUCUCCGUUCCACUCCCUAUCGGCACUGCUCUCAUCAUAGCUCCGCAAUAUUCAAGUACAGUCCGAUCGAGAAGAAAAAAGGACUAUUGGCUUAUCUGCUUGUUCACAUCUACGGACUAUGGUCUGCGCGUUGACUCGCCAGACACAAUCAUCAACAACACCGCUGCUGCUUUGAAUGAUCUCAAAUCGCAGUUGUGGAGGUUGGCUGGAGGUACUGCUCCUCAUCAAAUCUAUUCCUGUCGUAUGAAUUCUGGUCUUUUCAAUGUUCCCUGGGAGCGAACAAGGGCGUUGCUGGAAGAAAUCCCUGUCCCUCUGAAGAUCACGGUGGCUUAUAAGCCUCCGAUUGGUGGUCAACAAAACAAUUCGGCUGAGGCUAGUAAUUCGAAGCAAAAGAGCAAGAUCAGUUUCGGCAUCAUGGCUUAG